GGAGCUACUUGGUCCUGUCCUCUUAAAUGUUGGGGAAAUCGUUGGAGGACUGUCCAGCAAGAACUUGAACUCAAUAUCCAGCAUCACUUCACAGAAAAACAGUACUCACCCGACCAGGACCAAACUGACUGCAGUGAUCCCAGUUAUAUAGUUCUUGAUCUCCUUAAGUGCACUUUUGAAAUCAUGAUUGGCAGUGGAGGUCCUGUUGCAACGUUUUCAGUGUGGGACUAUGUGGUCUUUGCUGGGUUGAUCCUUUUUGCUGCAGGAAUUGGGCUGUUCCAAUCCAUCCGAGGGCGAAAGGAUACCAGCAGCAAUGAGUUUCUACUGGGUGGCCGUCAGAUGACAGCAGUACCUGUGGCUUUGUCCCUCACAGCUAGUUUCAUGUCAGGUAUUACUGUUAUUGGAACACCUGCAGAGGCUUACAUAUAUGGCACACCGUAUUGGCUCUUCGUCUUCUCCUAUUCUAUCAUGUCAGCAAUCAGUGCAGAAAUCUUCGUGCCUUUAUUUUAUCGCCUGGGCAUCACCAGCACAUAUGAGUACUUGGAAAUGCGUUUCAACAAGCUCAUCCGAAUUAUUGGAACAAGCAUGUAUAUUGCUCAAACCAUUUUAUACACAGGCAUGGUAAUCUACGCACCUGCACUCGCCCUUAAUCAAAUCACUGGUCUGGAUCUGUGGGGAGUGCUGGUGGCAACAGGGGUUGUUUGCAUCAUCUACUGCACCCUGGGAGGGCUGAAGGCUGUGAUAUGGACAGAUGUGUUCCAGAUGAUCAUUAUGUUGGUUGGGUUUGUGGCGGUCAUUGCCCGUGGGUCUGUGCUACAGGGGGGACUUGGAAGGAUCUGGAAUGAUAGCUACCAUGGUGGACGUUUGGAAACAUUUAGUUUUGAUCCUGACCCUUUGAGGCGUCACAGUUUUUGGACAAUUGUUGUUGGUGGCAGUCUGAUGUGGGCAUCAAUGUAUUCAAUCAACCAAUCGCAGGUCCAACGCUACAUUUCCUGUAAGACAUUGACUCAUGCCAAACUAUCUUUGUAUUUGAAUAUGGUGGGUUUAUGGGUCACAGUGAGUUUGGCCAUGCUUUCUGGUCUCACUAUGUACUCCAUCUAUAAAGACUGCGAUCCUUUCACGAAUAAAGACGUAGGAGCCACAGACCAGCUUCUUCCUUAUUUGGUGAUGGACAUACUAGCAGAUUUCCCAGGACUGCCUGGCUUGUUUGUAGCUGCAGCAUACAGUGGUACAUUAAGUACAGUGUCAUCCAGUAUAAACGCUCUGGUGGCAGUCACAGUGGAGGACUUUAUGAAACCUGCAUGGCCCUGGCUGACUGAGAGACAACAGACCUGGAUCAACAUGGGCAUGAGUGUAUUCUAUGGAGCAGUAUGCAUUGGUAUGGCUGGCAUUGCCUCCUUGAUGGGCAAUAUACUGCAGGCAGCUCUGUCCAUUUUUGGUAUGAUCAGCGGCCCUCUUCUGGGCCUGUACCUGCUCGGCAUAUUCUUCCGCUAUGUGAACUCCACUGGUGGUUUGGCUGGUUUGAUUUCGGGCCUCGUUAUAACAUUAUGGGUCGGAAUUGGAGCUCAAUUAUAUCCACCUUUACCUGAGAAGACCCUUCGCCUUCCCUUGAGUGUGGAGGGCUGCAUCUCAUGGGACAUGAACCAAACCACUACAGUGACACCAUUCAGUACUGUUCAACAAACCACAAUUCCAAACCCAAGACCAGCUUUGGCAGACAGCUGGUAUUCUCUGUCCUACCUGUACUUCUGCCCUGUGGGCAUACUGGUGACAAUGAUCACAGGACUAAUAGUUAGUGCAAUCUCAGGUGGCUGUAAACAGGAGAAACGUCGACCUGAGCUGUUUAUCAGAGUGUCAGAUCUCUUCUGCUUUGGCUGCUGUAGAGCAGACACAGAGAAAUCCAAGUCAGACCUAAUUGAAAAAGAGCCAAGCCACAUCCAAGGGCUGGACAGUCCAGUACUCUAUGACAACGAAAUUGCACUGAAAGAGAAAGACCUAGAGAAGAUCACAAGGUUUUAGAUGUAAAACACUCUUUUGAUUUUUAGAUAUGUUGUAAAUAGUAAACAAUAACUGUAUUUUUGUAUGUUAAAAUUGCUGAUAAUCCAAGUGAUGACAAAACAAUUCAAUCAAAAUUAAAGAAGCAAAAAUUAUUGAUAAACAGCAUGUCUAUUUAUUUCCGUUGUUCUCAUAAAGUCUGUUUUUAUGUGUAAGUUGUUGGUUUGAAUCAUUUACAGAGCAAUAAUAAAGAUUAUGCAUUAAAAUUGAA